CUACACAUGUCUCCCUUCUGUUUCUAUCUACCACACUUAAUUAUUAUUAUUAUCAAUUAUCGCUGCAUUGUUCAGCCGAAAACAUAAAGCCAACUCAUUAUCUUCCAUGGUACCUCUGUAACAAUACCUAAAACGAUAAGAAACCACAGAUACACCACACAUUUUGUUUCCAUGGAAUAAAACUUCAAACACUAAAACCUCACUGAAAAAGCUGUUGGAUUAAAUAGGCAAACAAUCUGACAAGAAAGACAACCUUUACUUUGUAAACCACUCCCACUCAACACGACUGGCCAAAGGGGCUUGGCCAAAAAUGUGCAAAGACUUAUAAGAGAGGUAAAAUGCAGGUGGAGCAUCAUCAUUCAGGUGAGCAUUCACAUGCUCUUGUCUCCACCCUUUAUUGCCCGAGGAUACUACUUCACUGAAGCAGAAACAGGAGUACAUCUCUGACUUAACGAGGUUGUCCUUUAAGUAUGUUGGCACAAAUGGAGACGAUGGCUUACAUGACCGAGAUCAGACUGAGCGGAGAUCGGAGUGCCUGGAGUGGAGUGGCUCCCUCCACCUGCCCUGAGGUGGAUCUGGAGGUCAUCGAGGAGUACCUGCAGGAGCACUCACUGGAGGUCCAGCCUGCACACACACCUUCAUCGCCCCCGACCGCUGUGGGACAACAAACGCACACACACUCCUACCAGGGGACUAAGAUUAUAGAGAACAGCUGGUUAGGUCAGCAUCCGUAUAAGUGGCACUGUGGCUCUCAUACUCCAAACGAGGAAUAUGAAGAUCAAGCCCUGCCUCCAGCCUGGCGUAGUCCCCAUGACAACCAAUGGGAGCACAUUGCAUAUUCCUAUGACCUGCCUGCAUACAUUGACUCAGACUCCCAGUCCAGUAGCUCCCAGUAUCAGGAAUACCAAGACUCCCCAUCACCGUCAUCAGACAGCGGGGGCAGGAAGGACAGAGAAUCCUUGCCUCUUGCUCCACUUUCAGGAAAGAGGAAGGAGCGGUUGUUCCAGUUCCUAUUUGAAAUGCUCCAGACGCCAUCGAUGCGGAGCUGCAUUUGGUGGGUACAGUCCUCCUCCGGCACGUUCCAGUUCUCCUCACAAAACAAAGAGCGCCUGGCACAGCUUUGGGGCCGGCGAAAGGGUAAUCGCAAGACCAUGACCUACCAGAAGAUGGCACGGGCGCUGAGGAACUACUCUCGCACUGGCGAGAUUCAAAAGGUGAAGAGGAAGCUCACCUACCAGUUCGAUGAGAAGACGCUGAGAGGCCUACAAGGACACUCCAACACAUUGUAGGAAGCAUGCUGAUGAGCAUAGAAAUAUAAUAAGCACAAUGGAUGUUCAGAGAAAAUCAUGUCCUUUCUGUUUAUUCUAAAUCUAUGGUAUGAAGAAACAAACAAAUACUAAGUAUUUGAAAAGCCAGAAUAUGAAUCACUGUUGGUCUGUCUGUAGAUACAGAACCAUACUGGAGAUGGUACAAGGACUAAACAGGAGAAGUUACUGGUCAGCUGGCAUUAAAAAUUCUGUAAAUCUGAAAGGUUAUCACAUAAUAUCUACGUUAUAAGUAGAACUUAAAUUGUUCGCAAAAUAAAAGUUGUGGUUUACUGUUUUAUGUUUUUACAUGUGUGCUGAUUCUAUAUUGCAGAUAUUCAGCAGAUAAAAGAUCAUUUUGUAGACUUCUUCACAAAAUUAGGUUGCAUAAACAUGAUAUGUUUGUGUUUAAAUAUCCUUUUUUUAUGAAUAAAUCUGAAAAUACUUUCAUAAUACCUGACAUGUUUGUUCUAUGUGUCUGUCUUUCGAUCUGUCUGUGGAAAUUAAGUUGUAAUGCAUAUCAACCAAAUAAACACAGAUUUUAAAACCGAAGCAAGCACACACACAAACACACACCAAUAGCCAAACAUGUAUGCAAAGAUAGCAUGCACUGUAAAAACAGACCUGUUAAUCAAUAACAUCUACAAAGUCCACUAACAUACAC